AAAAAAUAAUAUUGCGUUUGAGUUGAAGCUUAAAGGACACAGCAAAACCCUAAAAUUCAAUCUCUACUUUUAACUAACCUCAAUCAACAUUCGUUUAACCGAUGGAAGAAACCACCGCCACCACAAGGCAGCCGAGACCAACCACCUCCACCGCAACCCUAACACUUCCAGUCAAGAGGCAGCAGCCACCGGUAACUGAACUCCCCUUUGAUCUCAUGGUCGAAAUCCUCUGCAGACUCCCCGUCAAAUCUCUCCUCCGAUUCCGCUCUGUCUGCAAAUCCUGGAAUUCUCUCAUCUCAAACAAUCCCAAAUUCACCUACAAGCACCUUCACAUCUCAACCACCAAACCCAAACUCGUCAUCUUCACACACACCGAAACCAGACCCAGAAAAAUCAUUGAUGUAACAUCUAUUGAACUCGACUUUAUUUUCACCUCGACUCCCACGCAAAUCGAAUUUUCUUUUAUCAAUCAAUUAAUUGCUUCUUGUGACGGUCUCAUUUGUUUUCAGGUUAAUAAAAGUCGUGCACUUCUUUGGAACCCUUCAACUACAAAAUCCAAAUUAUUACCCUUGUUAGAUAUUCCAUUACAAGCAAAUGAUGGUAGAACUAUAUUUACUUUUGGCUAUGAUCCUUUUAUUCAUAAUUACAAAGUUUUUUCUGUUUUUUGCUAUGAUUUUAAAUAUGAUGGCUUUCACACAAUUAAUGGUUGCAAAACUGAAGUUAAAGUUCACACUUUGGGCACUCAUUCAUGGAGAAGGAUUCAAGAUUUCCCUUCUAUGGUUCAUGAUGAUGAACCAGGAACCAUAGUAAAUGGAAAGGUUUAUUGGUUUGCAUAUUCUUAUGUGUCUGGUUGUUACACACGUCACAUUGUUUCUCUUGAUUUGGGGAAAGAGUCUUACAAAGAGAUUUCACUGCCUGACAUGAUGCUUGUUCCAUUGACAAUGGGUUGCUUAAGGGAUUCCUUGAGCUUAGUUUUUCAUUCCAACACAUUUAAUGAUGUUUGGCUUUUCAAGGAAUGCGGAAAUGAAGACUCUUGGAUUAAACUCAUACGUCUUCCUAGAUUUGGUAGAGAUGAAGAUCGCUUUUUUAGCUAUUCCAAUGUAAUUUAUAUCUCUGAAGACAACAACCAUGUGCUUCUCAACUUCAAAGAUGAUGAUAAAUUGAAAUGGGCUGUUUAUGAUUCCAAAAAUGAUACUUCAAGGAAUAUCAAGACUCAAGACUGGAGUUUGGUAGAUUCAAAAGUUUAUGUUGAGAGUUUGGUAUCACUUUAAUUUUAAUACUAGGGUUUAGAUUUUGUGCUAUGUGAUUUCUGUAUGAGACUCAAUCCCAACUAUUAUGUUAAUUUUUUUUUUGUUUUUCUUGAUGCUCAUUUUGAUUGCCAAUGACUUCAUGGUUCGUUUUUAAAUUGGGUGAUGGAAUUCAUACCUUGAGAAAUUGUUGUUUCAUUUUCAUCUCUCUGUUAGUUGGAGUUGUUUGAUCUUCACAAUGCAUGAAAUUUUACACUGUUCACAAUCACAUAUUGCAUUAGAUGGUUUAGGGUUUGAUUGUCUAAGAUUGGAGACAGGAUUUAGAAGUUAUGCCAAGUCACUUGUAUGUUUCUUGAUACAUAUGCUAACCGCUAACUAUUUAGGACUUAUAUGUUUGUUUAGUUCUUUAUUUUGUUUAGUUCUUUAUUUUGCUGAGAAUGGAUAUAAAUUAAUAUGUCAAUACCGACUUCAAUUGUUGUAAUGUUUCCCACUUUAUCACUUAUUACUCCACAUCUGAACAUAACAAGAUAUUCUUUUAAUAGUCAGCAAGCUGCAACAUAUUUUAAUUAACUAAUAUGCAAGACUUCUUACUUCUGAUUUAGCUUUCUCGCAUGUUCUUUUUAAACUGUUCUUGUUUUGGCAGCUAAACUUGAAGUCAUUGUCGUAGAGAUGCCCUGUAACUGAAAUCAGUAUACAGCCCUCCGAUUUUUAUUUGCCUAUUUUAUUGCUUGUGUUUUUUUCUCUCUUUCUGCAUCAAUGGAUUUUCAUUGACGUUACUGUCUCUUCUAUUUUCACUUGUCACUCCUUUUCUUAAUUAGAGUGUUAUUGUUUGAGUUAUGACUGUUGGUUGGAUUUUGUAUUAGAAUCCCUCACCUGACACGCUUUUUGAUGAUGAAGAUGAUAGUAGUGAAACGAGUACGUCUACAAAUUCUACUUUUAAUCCUUAAGAAUUUAAUAAUCGCCACAAUUCUAAUUAAUUUACGGAGAAUUUAAUAAUGGCUAUAAUAGUAAUAUAUGAUCCAUGGUUUUAUUCCGUAGUUCGAUAGAGGAAAAUUGUUAAUAAAAAUUUAAAAACAUAAUGUCCAAGCAAAUAAAUAUGUUCUCUUAUUUACUAUUUCCAAAUUGUUGGCUUGUAGUGUACUGAAUGUUUAUCACUUGUUAGCAAGCCUCAGAUGGUGUGGCGGUUAGAUGUGACAUUGCAUUGGUUUCAGCUAGAGGAUUGGAGUACUUGCAUAAUGGAUGUUAAAGCUAGUAACAUAUUGCUGGAUAAGGAAUGGAAGCCAAGGAUAUUACUUGCCAAGAUUGUGCAGGGAGGAUUGGACCUGUUAGCAUAAACCUGUAAUUAAAUCCAGUGAUUAAUUUUUGUAUUUUGAAGAGAGAUUAAAAAAUGCAUAGUAAUAAUUUGCCUUUUAUCUUUGUCAGUGGGUGUUCACAAUCUUGCUGAAACCUAAUGAAGCCUAUUUAGUGUAACCUAUGAGAUGUGAG